GUGAGCGCACGUUAAAGAGGGACGAUGAUAGCUUUAUUGUCUCCAUAAAAGGCACAGAAAAAUAUUAAUUAUGAAUAAAUGGCUUUUUUGUCUGGAAGCAAAGGUGCAUAUAGCUUUGCUCAGUGCAUGUUUUCAAAAGGAUUGCAGAGAGGAGGAGAUGCGGUUAUAGGGAGUAGGCAGCUCAAAGAGCAGUUUCAAAUGGCUCAUAUUCUGCUGUAACUGUGCUGUACGGGGAAAGCAGCGGUGGAGCAGCAAAGCGGACGCACCCACAGCAUCUGCAUCAACACAUCAGCGCUUAGACCGGGCUCUUCUCCUGCUGGGCAGCAAGCGCGCACACAGUCCAGCGACGGAACGCUCUGAGACGCACACUUUUGGAUGGCCAUGAGAUUCCACAAGUAAUAUGCGCAACACUGAUGUGGACUUUUAGGAAAAAAAAAAACUCCUUCUCCUUUCUCUUUUCUACUCAGUUGUGUUUCCUCAUUCAUUGUGCGCCCCUACGAAGAGCAUUAACUAUCCCUCCCUCCACUCCUAUUGAAAAGACAGCGAGGGAAAGAAGAAAAAACAGAGGGAGAUGAGAGCAGCAAAUCCCUUUUUUAUUCCCCUCGUAGCGCUCAAUAAGAGAAGAAUGUGUUGCCUAUCACUCACCGAGGGGAUCAAAUCUUCGGGACUGUCCCACGCGUUCAAUGCGCCUCGCAAAGCAUCACUGAGAGCGACAGAGUGAAGAGGGCAGCAGCAGCAGCAUCCUGCCUGGACACUUCACAUCAUUUAGGGACCUCUCUCCACUCAGGAUCCAUUUAAGUCAAUUAGGACAGCCAGCAUCUCUCAGACCCUCUCAUCGAAGCGAAGCCACGAUGAGGAGCCUGGCUCUGCUGCUGGGAGUGAAAGCCGCCUGCAUCCUCCUGGUGUCUUCGCUCUCCCGCACGGGGGCCGUGAACAACAGCGGCCGGUGGUGGGGUAUAGUCAACGUGGCUUCUUCGUCCAACCUCCUCACCAAUUCCAAGAGUGUGCAGUUGGUCCUGGACCCCAGCCUGGCCCUCCUGAGUCGUCGCCAGCGUCGGCUGAUUCGGCAGAAUCCUGGCAUCCUGCAUGCCAUUGCUGCAGGGCUCCACACUGCCAUAAAGGAGUGCAAGUGGCAGUUCCGCAACCGCCGCUGGAACUGCCCAACUACCCACAGUCCAGCAAUUUUUGGCAAAAUUGUCAAUCGUGGUUGCAGAGAGACUGCGUUUGUAUUUGCCAUCACCAGCGCAGGAGUGACCCAUGCUGUGGCUCGAUCCUGCUCAGAAGGGGCUAUUGAGUCAUGUACAUGUGAUUAUCGGCGCAGAGGUCCUGGAGGCCCAGACUGGCACUGGGGAGGCUGCAGUGACAAUGUGGAUUUUGGCAGAAUGUUCAGCCGCGAGUUUGUGGACUCCAGUGAGAGGGGCAGGGAUCUGCGUUACCUCACCAAUCUGCACAACAAUGAAGCUGGAAGAAUGACUGUCUCUUCAGAGAUGCGUCAGGAGUGUAAGUGCCAUGGCAUGUCUGGCUCCUGCACAGUGCGGACCUGUUGGAUGCGCCUACCCAGUUUCCGCACCGUGGGAGAUUUUCUCAAGGAACGCUUCGAUGGUGCAUCCAGAGUAGUUUAUGCCAACAAGGGCAGCAACCGUGCCUCUCACCGAACCGAACCCAGACAUCUGGAGCCAGAAAACCCAGCUCACAAACCCCCUUCUUCCAUGGACUUGGUCUACUUUGAGAAAUCACCAAAUUUUUGCUCCUACAAUGGCAAAACUGGCACUUUGGGAACCUCUGGAAGAACAUGCAACAAUUCAUCUCCUGGUCUGGAUGGGUGCGAGCUGCUGUGCUGCGGACGUGGUAUUAAGACUCAGACUGAGAGCGUGACAGAACGCUGCCACUGUACGUUCCACUGGUGCUGUCAUGUCAGCUGCCUGAACUGCACCAGCACACGAACGUUACAUCAGUGUCUAUGAUUUAAGUUGAAACGCCUGGGUUGAUAUUUGGGCAUGUAUUGGGGGCAAAGAUAGAGCUUUUUAUCAAAGCUAGAUGUUGCUUAAGAGAACCAGAGGCUCUAAAAUUAAGAUGUUUAGAAGAGGGUAAAAAGUUUAAAUCCAGGUAAAACGACAAAAGAAACUUUCUGGCACAAAACUUCUACCCAAGUAAAGUAAAGCACAAAUAUAUGGACAGGGUAUCAAAGGAAUAUAGGUGCUUACUUUUUACUUUAAUGUUUAACAAAUAUUUGAAUGCAACGAACAUUUAUGGGAAAUCCCCCAUAUCCCUGAAGUGUUUACACUGAGGAUAGCAUAGAAAUAAAAGGGUUAAGAGAGCAGAUUGUUGCAACCAUCAACUAAUGUCUGAGUGGGACGGAGGACAGUGUUUCUCAGAUGUUUCUGGAGCCACACAGCGGAGAGCUGCAAACAUGUGCUCUUCUCACCAGGCAAGGAACACUCGGUUCUCAGCUUGUUUACGUAGAACUUAGAUGCUCCCAACAAAGUCUAAUUUUCCUCUAAUUCUCUCCACUUUUAGAUUUCUCUGGAUCUUAAAACCCUUAAAACAGAUUUGCCACUUGGAGUGACCACAGAAUAAACAUAAUGAUGUUUGACCAGAAACAUGCUAGUAAAGUCAUGAGGAGCUGCUGGAAAACUAUAUAAUUUGAAUGUAUUCUGAAUACACCGAAUACUGUGUUAAAUGUUGCAGCAAACUUGUGGCGUGGAAUAUGACUUACUGAAUGAAAACUGGCACAAAUCAAGACCGGGCAGUGAUGUAAGAAAAAACUAAACAUUAAAUAAAUCAAGGCUUAAAGUA